GCCUCUCUCUUCUUCCCUCCCACUCACGCGCAUACAUUCGACGCCACGAAGCCGCCGCUCCGGAUCCCGUCCUCCUCCGACGCCGAAGAUGGGAGGUCCGUACUCCGGCGGCUUCUCCGGUCGCCGGGACCGUUCCCACGGCGAGAACGGCCGCCACACCCCCGAAUCGGACCGCUCCGCCGAGCAUCGCCGACGCCGCCGCCGCCGCAGCCCUUCCUACGACUCCUACGACCGCCGCGAGCCCGAUCGGCGCGGCCGCAGCCCCAGCCCCUCGUACGAUCGCUACGACGACCGCCGCGACAGCUCGAACCAGCGGUACCGACGGCGGGUCUCGCCCCGCGACCCGGACUCCAGGAGGAGCCCUAGGGCCGACGGAGCCCUAGAUUCCUUGCCCAGGCACUUCGGGAGGAAGCGGCCUUACCUCGAUCGCGAUUGCAGGGGUAACGGUAGGUUCUCGGAUUCGGAUUCCGAUGGGGAGCUGAAGGGGCUGAGCACUGAGGAAUACAGGAGAUUGAAGAGGCAGAAGAUGAGGAAAGCCUUGAAGUUCUGUAUCUGGAAUUGCACUCCGAGCCCGCCGCGGUACGAGGGGGAUGAAUUGGAGGAGAAAGCAGAGGAGAUCGAUGAGAAGUACGGGGAAGAUUUGGAGAAGAGCGACUCGAGCGAGAAAGAGAAUGGAAGAGCGAAGGGGAAAGGGAAAUCUAAGCCCGUUAGCGAGGAUUUGAGUGACGGUGAGACGGACAGCGAGUCCGAGUCGGAGCCGAGUGGUUUCGGUUUGAGGAAGAAGAAGAAGAAGAGGAGCUCGAGUUCGAAGCGCAGGAGCAGGGGAUUGUCUGGAAGUGAGAGCGAAUCCGAGAGCGAGAGGGAAAGCGGUUCUGAUGAUUCUACAUCGAGGAGGAAAGCGAAGAAGAGUAGGAGCUCGUCUUCGAAAGGGAAGAGUGGGAAAGUGCGUGAUACUGAGAGUGAAUUGGAGAGUGAAAGUGAAUAUGAGGAUUCCUCUUCGAGGAGGAAGAAGAGGGGGUCGAGUUCUAAAGGAAGGAGCAAGAGAGAGCAGGAGGCCGAGAGUGAAUCGGAGGUCGAGAGCGAGAACGAAUCGGAUGAUGAAGAGGGUAUUAAGGGGAAGAAAAAAUCCAGGAAAAGGUCUAGUAGGCAGAGAAGGAGUGGGAGAAGAAGCAGUAGGAAAGGCAAGAGGAGAUAUAGUGAAUCUGAUGAUAGCAAGAGUGAAGAUAGUGAAGCUGAGGAUUCUGAUGCCAAACCAAAGAAGGGGAAGGGCUCAUCGAGUUCGCACAAGAAAAGUAGCAGUCGGAGUAAGAGAAGUAUUGAGAACGAUAGCGAUGUUCCAAAUUCGAUUGAGAGAGCACAAUCUGAUCUUGAUGUAAACGGUGUAGACAGUGAGGUCAAGGCUGAGAUCGAUGCGGAAGCACUUUUGUUCAAGGAGCUGAUCGAGUCCCAGAAGAAGCCAGCUUUGGAUAAUGAGCCGGUGGUUGGUCCCAUGCCGCUGCCGAGAGCUGAGGGGCAUAUUAGUUAUGGUGGGGCUCUUAGGCCUGGUGAAGGUGAUGCUAUUGCGCAGUAUGUUCAGCAAGGGAAGCGUAUCCCACGAAGAGGUGAAGUCGGUCUUUCUGCAGAGGAGAUUCAGAAGUUUGAGAGUCUUGGGUAUGUGAUGAGUGGUAGCAGGCACCAGAGGAUGAAUGCCAUUCGUAUUAGGAAAGAAAACCAGGUUUAUAGCGCUGAAGACAAGCGCGCUUUGGCCAUGUUUAACUAUGAAGAGAAGGCGAAGCGGGAGCAUAAGGUCAUGGCUGAUUUGCAGCGGUUGGUGCAGCGUCAUAUUGGGCAGGAUGUUGGCCCUAAUCAUGAUCCUUUUGCUGGCAAAGCUGCUGAUGGUCCUGAGGCUUGAUUAACAUUCUUGCAAAAAAGUUCUGCACAGGAGUUUAAGACAACUUGGCUGGAGUCCUCCUUUAAUGGAAUUUUGAAUUUCAAGUAAGGCCCACGUAAUCUUUGGUGAAGCUACAUGGCGUCUAUAGAGGCAAUUUGCAUGCAGAUAGAAUAUGGAGUUUAUUAUCAAGGCCAAUCUAUACUUUUGUGGUGAAGCUACUUAUGGUUGUGAGAGACAAUAACUUGCUGUCAGUAUUGUUCAUCUGCUGAAACAAGUCUCUUUAUUUCGUUCCCAUCUUUUUGUCAUUUUGAUUAUGGGAACCAAAUUAGAUAUUAGAGAAUUCCUCUUUCUUCCAAAUGUGGUAGAUGAGUCUCUCUUUUCAUUCCCUUUUUAGCUUUAUUAAAGAAUAGCGAAGUAACGAUCGGAAAAUUAAGCAUGUCUCAGUAUGUUUUGGUCUAUUAUGGAGAUUGUGGUGUAAUACCUAACAUGACGCAAUAUUUGCUAAAUUAAUGAAUGAUGGCUUUGGUAAGUUCAUAGGAAA